AUGUUCCCAGAUGAGCUCAAGGGACUCACGCCGGUCGAGGAGAAGCUCAUCUCACCGAACUCGUCUUACGGGCACGUCAAGGGCCACAUCACAGUGUUUCCGAACAAUGCGCAGGAGCUGGCAACCAAAGUGCUGCCGCACCCCCUUUUGCAAGCACUGGAUGAGAUACACAUUUCGUGGCAGGGCGCGGAGAAGCCGGCACCGAGCGACCUGUCGAGUCUCUUAUCGAAUGUUGAAGCGAUCAACGAGGUGACGUCCUCUGCCAUGUUUGCACUGGACGGACCGCCAGACGUGGUAGAUGUCGAGAAGCUGCGGUUUGCCUGCGACGCCAUUGAUGAGGGUGCCGACGAGAGCCGUGCAGGCCCGAGAACGUGGAUCGGAUCCUCGGCGGCGGGGGCUCGGGGGCGUGGCGACGAUAGCCGUGAGCCAUACAUCCGAGUUUCGCGGGGUGACGACUUCGCCGAUUCCUUUGAGACAUCCUUCUUCGCCCGAACGUUCCCAACCCUGUUCCCAUUUGGCGUCGGGGGACCAAGGCUGCUUGAAGAGAGCAUAGUCAAGGUCGGGAAGGCUACCACCGAGUUGCGAGGUAGGGCUGUUGAGGCAGAGGCGGCUGCGCGAGACUCCGUAUCCUCUCGAAGCUUGAACCUUCGGGUGUGGGCCGACAUAGUGCUCCGGCGCCACGGUGGCCGAUUUGCGUCGCACCACAUCUUUGCGUUUCUUGUCUUUAACAUGGGGGUGCGGUCGCGGAACCGCCGUGUUAGCAUGCUGAGUGUGACGAGGAGGAACUUCCGCACGGUAGAGCGCAUUGUUCGCUCGAUGGCCGCAGAGAGGUUAGCCGCGGCGAGGGUCGAGUUGGAGAGCUCGGGCAAGACGACCGACGAUGGCGUGAAGGAGCUUCUCAGGAGCCUCUCGCUGUAUGGCCACCGGCAGCCCAUGUCCAGGGAGGUCCGGCUCAAUAUGCGGCGGAAAAUCCAGUCGCUCAUCGUUGGCUACGGCGUGCCGGCCAUCUGGUUCACCAUCAACCCGAAUGACAUUACGAACCCGGUGAAGCUGCGACUGGCGGCAUACCGCACUCGCGAUCCCGACGCGGCCGAGGAGUUCCUAGAAGGCCUCGGAAGUGCGUACAAGCGGGCGCGGCUGGCCAUAUCGGAUCCCAUGAGCUCCGCCGUAUUCUUCCACCGGGAGAUGAAGCUAUUCUUCGAUCACUACGUGAAAGUCGGUGAAGAGAAACGCGCAUCUCAGCUCGAUGCUUGCCGACAUCCACGGGAGGAUCAGGCGGCGUAUCGCGAGCGGAUCAUACGAUACGUCGAUAGUGUCUUCUGCGAGGAUCUGGACCAGGAAGGGUUCGGUGCCAUGCAAGCGGAGCGAUCUGUGACGUGCGAUAUUUCCUCCCUGCUAGGCAACGCCGAGCAGUUUUCGGCCGCCUUUGACGAGGAGGCCAACUUCUGUGCCGGCGCGACGCAGGUCCACACGCAUAGCCCGACCUGUGUCAAGUAUUCCUUGGGCAAAGGGCGCGGAAGGAAUCUAUGCCGGUUCAAGGCUCCAUGGAGGUUGGUCGACAAGACAGCCAUCACGGCAGACGGGGUGCUGCAGGUCCGGAGGACUCACAGCAUGGUUAAUCGAUGGAACAAGGCCAUCGCUGUGGGGCUCCGGCACAACCACGACAUUUCGUUCAUUGCGACGCAGCGCAAGACCAUGGCCCUCAUCUAUUAUGUCACGAAUUACGCGACGAAGGUGGAAGACCCGGUGUGGAAGCGUGUGGCGGCUGCGGCCGAGCUCCUGGACGCCUCGACGGAUGACGGCGCGGGGAACAGGACCCGACAAUUCCUGAUGAGAGUGGCGAACCGCGUGUUCACGGACCGUCCGCUCUCGCAGGUCGAGGUCAUCGCUCAUCUUCUGGGAUAUCCGGCCGAGUUCACCAACAGCAGCGCCUGGGCGUACCUGAACACAUCUCUACUGUACUGGGAAGUCUUUCGACGGUGGCCGCAUCUCCGGCAAGCAAGUGGCGCGGCGGACAUAGACGAUACUCUGGAUGAGUCGGUGCUCAGACGGCCGGGCAAGCAUGCUAGCGUCUGCCUCGAUGGCUACCUAAGCAAGGACUUCGGCCACGACGACGACGAGUCGUGCCACCGGAGGGCAGCCGUGCAGCAUCUUGCACUCUUCGUGCCGUGGAGUCCUUCCUGUGCCAAGAAACAGGCGAGAUCAAUGGCAUCUGGGAGCGGGCGCGAGGCGCUGGCUCCGAGAAUAUCAUGUCUCGUCGACAACGUGCAGCUGCUUCGACGAUCGGCCGAAGAUGCAAAACGCGACGCCAAGCAAUGGGCAGCCUCAUCCGGAGAUGGCGAUCCGACCGUCGCACACGUGGAGGAGACCGGGACGGACGACGCGGGCGCAGAAUCCACGACGAUGUACCAACCCAGCAGCAUCGGGGGCGCGACGCGGCUGAUCGACGUCGUCCGAGGUGCAGUGGGCAUAAAUCAAGUGACGGCCAAGUCGCCGGAGCUCAUGGCGAUGAUGCAACAGCUCUGUCGGUUUCAGCAAUCAGCGCUGGGCUCGACGGCCGAGCUGGAGGCCACCGUGGUACCCGAACGAGGGGCGAGACGGAUAAGCAUGCCGGGGCGGGCAUUUUCCGGGGCUGCACUACCACCGCAGGAUCAGGUCAGGGCCAUCAAGUCGCAGCAGACAAGCGCGUCGAAGGAGAGGGAGAGGAUGAUCCAAGGCAUACAAAGCGUACAAAGCAUACCGGCGGUCCGGGAAAGUGACCGCCGCGCCGCGCUGCGGAGGGUGAUGACCGGCUUCGGGGAGGACGAUGUCGAAAUGACGAUGGCCGACUCCGACGAGGCGGCUAGCGACACAGAAGCGGGAAUGCGCGUCCAGCUUGGCCCAUCAACCUCCUUCUUCGCGGCGGGCAGGGAGUUGGCAACACGGCUAACGCUGAAUAAGAGGCAGUCGAUCGCGUUCCUACUAAUAUGCCGCCAGCUCGAUUUGAUGCGACAAAUGGACGGGGGCAAUGCCGGCCAGCUGUGCCAGUUCGUCGGCGGCGAGGGGGGUACCGGCAAGUCGCGAAUUAUUGGGGCACUCGUCGAGUUGUUCAGUAGGAAGAGCCUUUCGAAUCGUCUGCUGAUCACAGCCACGUCAGGGACUGCCGCGGCGCAGAUCAACGGAAUCACGAUCCACUCCGCCUGCGGGUUCACUAAAGACCAAGGGGCGGGCGGCGCGAACAUGGCCAGGGACCUUGACGGGGUGCGGCUGCCGAAACAGGCGGAGCGGUUCAUCCACGGCCAGUCCCGAAUGGAUUGGCAGGAGAAGGACGUGCUCGUCAUCGACGAAGUGAGCAUGCUCGGAGCACGGACGCUGCACGCCGUAAACGAGCAGCUCCACCGGCUUCGAGGAUCGAAGGAAGAUUUCGGGGGGAUCCCCAUCGUCCUCUUCUGCGGAGACUUCCACCAGUUCCGGCCGGUCCAAGAGAGGUCGAUCCUCCUGCCGAGCGUGGCCAUCUCGUGGGACGAGGACAAUUCGUUCAGGGCGGAGCAGCGUCACCAGCACGACAAAGCGCACGCACUGUGGAAGAGGUUCACGACGGUCGUCAUGUUGAACGAGCAAAUGCGCGCCGCCGGUGAUCCGGAAUUGCAGGGGCUGCUGAAGCGGAUCCGGCAGGGUGUGCAGGACCGCACGGAUCUGGACCUCCUCAACUCAAGGUGCUACCGCGAGGGCAGGCGGAUCCCUUGGGAGACUGGCAUCACCGUGGUGACGCCGCUGAACAGGAAUCGGUGGAACCUAAACAUGGAGGCAAGCUUGGCGUUCCGGGUCCAGCAGCGGUCGACGAUGCGCAUCUUCAUCUCCGAGCACAAGUGGAAGGAGGGCCUGCCGACCGAGGAAGAAGCGAUCAUGGUACUCAAUCAAGGCGACGAUAGCGCGAUCCCCGUGCCGGCCGUCUUCAUGUUCGUGGCCGGGAUGCCGGUCGUCGUGAACCACAACACCCAUCAGGGGCUGAAGCUGGUGAACGGCGCCGGCUACUCGGCGGUGGAGGUCAUUGUCGACAAGGCGUCCCCAGGGCAUCGAAUCUCGUCCGACAUGACGAUCCACUUCGGGCCGCCGGCGGGGAUAUUACUGGAAUCGGCGACGACAAAGGACCUCCACUUCAACGACGUCAGCCGGAAGGGAUUGCCGUGCGCAGCAGCCUUCGCCUGCACGGACUACAAGGUGCAGGGCAGAACGCCAGAGCGCGUGGCCCUGGAGCUGCGGGGACACGGACGACGAAAGUCGAUGGAAGGGCCGUGCCCUCGCAAUGCGACCCGUACAGCUUAUAUGUGCAGCUAUCGCGCUGUCGAACGCUAG